UCCGGGCAACCGGUGAAACACAAGUCACUCGUACGACUGCAAAAAGCUUCCAGCCAAGCCAUGAAGAGCCUGCUCAUUGCCCUUUUCGUCUGCGGCUUUGCCGGCACGUGCAUUGCUGGUCUUGUUGGCGGAUACGGCGGUGGCUUCGGUGGAGGAUACGGGGGCGGCCUCGGAUACGGAGGUGGUCUCGGUCAUGGACUGGGCCUUGUACAGACUGUCCCUGGACCUUCCUUCCUAGUCAAAACCGUGCAUAACGUGAACCGCGUGAGCCAAGGUUCUACCCUCUACGGUCACCAAAGCCACGGCGGAUACGGCGGUGGAUAUGGCGGCGGUGUCGGACUCGGCGGUGGAUACGGCGGUGCCCUCGUCGGUGGCUACAGCGGCGGCUACGGAGGAGGUUACGGUGGUGGCUACGCCAAGGUGGCCGUCAAGGGAUAGGACGCUUCAGCAGAUAAAAAAAAAGAAGUGGAGGGUAUUCAUAGAAGCACUCGGGCCACAUCUGGGCACAACGUCCAUAGUGUCUGUGAGCAGCGUCAGGCCCAGCGACAGUGCAGCUAAAGACGUGCAGUUCAUGUCCGCACAUCUAUUGGAAGUCAAUGUACAGAAAAGUAAAUUACGUCUAGUGUACUCCAGUGGGAAAGGCCACGUGUGACGAAAGGACCAGACAUUUUUGUUGCUUGAAGCCAUAAUCGAUUCAGCGACAUCCGAUAGCACUGCGCCAACGGCUCGAUCAAUUCAGAGAGGCGCCAGCUGACAUCGAGUGUGACUGAUGAGAGUGAAUGUUGCGACAAGACCUUCUUUGUCUCGUGCUUGCGUCAUGUGCCCCGAAUAUCUUGUUUCGCAGAAUAAUAAAGAAAUUAUGUGACCAAGAACGA